AACGGUCAUUUUUAACACUAUGAAUUACACGUUUUCGUUUUUCAAUGUGCUUUUGAUGUAUGCCACUAAUAGGAACCCCGACUGCCCACAUAUUUUGUACAACGAAGAUAUAGGGGCAUCUUGUUGUCAAAAAGACAUUAUAGAACUACACAGUAUACAAAGGGUAGUUACAACCCCCUUGAUUUCUGCAGAGAGGACACCAAAUAUGACGUGGAACGGCGAGUUGGCAAAAAAAGCACAGGAUAUUGUUAGAAAAUGUAAAUUUAAGUAUGAACCAGUGGAAGGCGGCAGACUCCAUACUGGCCAAAAUAUGUAUUUAAAAUGCUCGAAUAGCGACGACAUAGAGGCAAAUUGGUCAGAACCCAUCCAAUAUUGGUUCAGUGAAGACAAAAUACGUCCCAACUAUGCUAGAACUACCAGUGGCAGCGGUCAGUCAACCUGGAAGAAAUUACACUCCCUGCAGGUUGGUUGCGGUUAUGCCAAUUACAAAAUUAAAGAGACUGAUUUCUUUGUCGAAAAAAGAGUGGGGAUACGUAUUUCCAGAACUGGAAAGGAUUUUUGUCAAGUGUACGCUUGUGUGUAUGGACCUGUUUAGAUAUCGCAUGUAGAUUUCAUUAGCAAUAAAACUUUUUAUGACUA